AUCUACUUUCUCCCACCGCACACCAUUUUCGCGACUCGUCGAUACACAUUACCAACUCACCCACAACUCAUCAGGACUUUUCGGAAUCGUUUCCAUUUCACCAAUUAUUGUCAACCGCAGAAAUGGCCCCCAAGGCAGCAGACAAGAAGCCCGCCAGCAAGGCCCCCGCCACUGCUAGCAAGGCUCCCGAGAAGAAGGAUGCCGGCAAGAAGACCGCCGCAUCUGGCGACAAGAAGAAGCGCACCAAGACCCGCAAGGAGACAUACAGCUCCUACAUCUACAAGGUUCUCAAGCAGGUCCACCCCGACACCGGUAUCUCCAACCGCGCCAUGUCAAUCCUGAACUCGUUCGUCAACGACAUUUUCGAGCGCGUCGCCACCGAGGCAUCCAAGCUCGCCGCAUACAACAAGAAGUCCACCAUCUCCUCCAGGGAAAUCCAGACAUCUGUGCGCCUGAUCCUUCCCGGCGAGCUGGCCAAGCACGCUGUGUCUGAGGGUACCAAGGCCGUCACCAAGUACUCCUCCUCCACGAAAUAAGCGUCUGCAGCUAUUGUUUGUUUGGGCAUUUGGAUCUUGUGCAGCUUCAGCGCCACGGCGCAAGUGGCAAGCACAGGGUUGGGCGUGCAGCCCGCUGGGUUCUAUUAACGCGUUACGGAUGGUUUGCUUUUCUGGGGUCAAUGAUUUCCUGUCACGGUCAACGGGGUUUGCGGUUGUACACUAUUCGAGGUUUGGGACUCGAAAAAUGAGAUUUUACACAUGAU